GCCUGAGUGGCACCAGAGAGCUCUGGCCGUGACGUUAUUGCGUGACGCAGGUUCGCCCUCCAUCACUAGUCAAGCCCACUGACAGAAAACACCACCUAGAAACGAAGUAAGCCCUCGCGAUUGAUGGAAAUAUGUAGCUAGCUCGCACAGUUUAGCAUAUUUCGAAAACAGGGGCUUUAGUGGAGCUGCGCUGUUAACGUACAUGGAAAGUGAACAUGGGUGGCCGUGAUGAUGAAGAUAUGCCUUAUGUUGUGAACAAACAAAAACAAGAUGAAGAGCUAAAGAACAAGCUGAAUGACAGCAGUCACUGGUGCGACCAGGAGUCCACUGGAAACAAUGCCAAGUGGGUGAAAGAAGGCCAGAACCAGCUGCGGAAAGUAGCAGAGAACCAACAGGACCAGGACCAUAACUGCAAUAUCAGCCAAAAUGGGAACAAGGAUGACUUCCCUCACCAGAACAGCACUCAGGAAGAACAACAGGGAAACGAGGAGCACACCAAGUCUCCCAAAAUAGUAAUGACCCCUGGUCUUAGUCAGGAGGAGUCCAAGAACAUCCUCAAUGAGCCGCUUCUUAUCGACACUCUGGAGUCUACAGAAGAGAAAGAUAAAGAGAGAGAAGAAGAUGAUAAAGAUAAGGAAAAGACAUCAGAGGAGGAGGAAGAAGAACAAACAUCAGGUGAUACCAGAGGAGAGGUGGUGGCAGAAGAACAGGGUAAUGUGGAGUCUCAGAGAGAGGGCAGUGUUGUGGGGAGAAAUGCCUGCCUCCUGUUCUCCAACAUGAAUGGGACACCAAAUGAUGAAGAGUCCACCUGGCCUGCACUGUCUCAGGACAACCCAGCUGACAGCUCUCCAAAUGGCAACAGAGAGUCCUUUUGGGAUUCCAGUGCCUUUGAGACCGACACGGACCUGCCUUCAGGAUGGAUGAGGGUGCGAGAUACAUCAGGCACAUACUACUGGCACAUCCCCACAGGCACCACCCAGUGGGAGCCUCCUUCACCCCUGGGGAAAGUUGGUGACUCCAUGAUGUCCUCGACUAUGUCCCUGGAGACUACACCCUGUGAGGAGACUGAGGAAUCCUGGGCUCACCUUUCCAGCACAGAUGAAGGAGUUGGCGAAGGGGAACUGUGGAAUGAGGAGGGAGAGGUUGCAUCUGAUCAAAGUCUGAAGGAGUUUGAAGGGGCAACUCUACGCUAUGCAUCCAUCAACCUCAAUUACAAUUGCUCCCAGUCUGAGGAAGAAGAGAAGCUCGCUCCACUCUGCACAGAUUUAGAGACUAAGUGUUUUGCAGUGCGUUCCCUGGGCUGGGUAGAGAUGUCUGAGGAGGACAUGGUUCCCGGCAAGAGCAGUGUUGCUGUCAACAACUGCAUCAGGCAGCUCUCCUAUCACAAACACAACCUUCAUGACACUGCCGGUAUCUGGGGAGAGGGUAAGGACAUGCUGAUGGUCCUGAAGAAUGACACCAUGAACUUGAUCGACCCACUGGGCCAGACUCUGCUUCACGCUCAGCCCAUUGGCAGCAUCCGUGUUUGGGGCGUUGGCAGAGACAACGGCAGGGAAAGGGAUUUUGCUUAUGUGGCCCGAGACAACCUGACUCAAGUUCUGAAGUGUCAUGUUUUCCGCUGUGACUCGCCUGCCAAGAACAUAGCCACCAGCUUACAUGAGAUGUGUUCAAAGAUAAUGAUGGAGAGAAAGGCGACCAAGCCAGGGGUGAGCAGGCUCAGCUCUGACCCGGGUAACCCUGUGGCCAUCCCCAUUGAAGAGUUUCCUGUUCCGAAAAAUGAACCCUUACAGCGCUUCCAGGUUUAUUACCUUGGUUGUGAGGCUGUGGCCAAGCCAGUUGGUAUGGAUAUAAUCAACGACACGCUUGAGGCAGCAAUUAAUGGCAAAGAUAAAUACGCCUGGACUCCUGUCUCAGUGAAUAUCGCACCAGCCACCCUCACAAUACUUUCAAAACAGACCGAGGAGGUGCUGUCAGAGUGCAGGGUGCGUUUCCUGUCCUUCAUGGGUGUGGGACGGGACGUCCACGCCUUUGCUUUCAUCAUGGCGGAGGGUCCCGGGGAUUACACCUGUCACAUGUUUUGGUGCGAACCCAACGCGGCGAGCCUGAGCGAGGCUGUGCAGGCGGCAUGCAUGCUUCGUUACCAGAAAUGUUUGGAUGCACGCCCGCCCAGCCUGUCCUCCUGCCUGCCCACACCCCCCGCCGACUCUGUGGCUCGACGGGUCAAGAAGGGGGUGCAGAGUCUGCUGGGCAGCUUUAAGAGCUACAGGUCUGGCUCCCAAUCCCCUUGAGUUUGAGUGAAGAUGAUCCCCGGUCCAUUACACACAAGGUCCAUCACCACAGCCCCUUCUCUAUGUCACUUCUCCCUCUCGCAUCCUUCUGCCACAGUUUCGCCUUACGACCGUUUCACUUGUCUAGUCCCUAGUCUAGUGUGUGGAGUAGUUUGUUGGGGGGAGGGAGAUUGUGUGUGGAAAGAUUGCAUUAAUUUCUCUCUUCUUUUUUUGCUGUUGUCGGGGUUGUUACUUUAUACAAGCAUUUUAAACUUCCAUCUCUUAACAGGUGAAACCCAGGCAUCUGUCUCUCUUUUCUUUGCUGGGAUUCUUUCUGUGAGUCUUAACUAUUUUUGUGUUUUAACAGAAACAACGCUAUGAAUGUCGGAUAUGGAUGUCAUAUAUAUAUAUAUAUAUUUACUGAAGAUGCUAGAAUUUACUCGAAAAAGGAGGUUGCUCGAUUCACUCACGGAAAUGGUCUUGUUUCCUUUUCGUCCGCGGUGCAAUUAUCAUCUUUAACGCCCCAGCGUUUCUCUAAGAUCAUGUAACACAGUGGUUGUCAGUCAGUGUCAUUGACUUUCUAACACCUCAUUGCACCACUUUUUCCACCACCACCUUUUUAGAUUGUACAAUAAGCGCUGUAUGGCGCCACAGUAGUGUGCCAGGUAGUCAUAUGUCCCUGUCCCUCCCCAAACAACGUAUUUUAGUCUUCCAAAGAACUGUAUGGUCAUCUGUCACAUAGUGAGCAACCACUGAUUUGAGUGUAGUGUGUUCCUCAUACAUUCUGCAUGGACAUUUGCAAGUUCAGUGCUAGUGUGCAAUAAUCAGAUGUUCCUGUAUGGUGUGGUGAUACGACGGCUGCCUUCGUGAUUUGUUUGUUCACUUCAACGAGAGAGUCUGGCUAGAUUGGGUGCGAGGCUAUUGGAACAACAGAGCCAUGUUUCAAAUCAUUAUCUUGUGAUAGAAAUAAUAGUAAUAACAAAAAAAACAACUAACUCUGGGUUUUCACACAGCCGUUUACCGCCAUCAACUACUGAAUAGUACUGUAGAAACUCACCACAAGCUGCAUGUUUGGAUAGCUUAGAGUUCUUGCUGCUUGCAGCGGUUUAGUGCUUAAGACCCAUCGGUGUAUCCUGUAAAUUCUUUCUCCGUGUUUCUGUAUGGUAAGAGGAGGCUGGAGUCGAUGUGUUGUUCCGUGUAUCAUAGGCAUGUCACUCUAGUUAGUGUCCGUGAUUAUCAUGAGCUAGCAGUAGAAAGUUUAGCUUCCUGUCAGUUCCUUCAGACUGAAAAGAUGAGAGCAGCUCGAUGUUUUACAGUGUGUGUACUGUAUGGUGGGGGAAACCCAGAGAUGAUUUCUAAUGGGGUUUUCAUUUGUAUUUUCUCCCCUUUUGCCACACUUUGACUUAUGUGGGUUCCCGCUCCAGUUAAUGUAUGUUUUUAUCAUUUCCACACUUGACAAUGUACACCAUUAAGAUUAUAUUCACAUUAGUUGGUUAGAUUUACUUUUGUUAAAGAAAACACUAAUUAGCCAAGUUGUAUUUUAUCUUUGUGUCUGUCAGUGAUCAAUACUGUAUGUAGCACAAUAGUAAUAGUCAUCUUUAAUGUUAAAGAUGCAGUUUGUAAGAUUCUUUGGUAAUUUCAACUAGGGCUGGGCGAUAUAGAGAAAAUCAAAUAUCACUGUAUUGUUGACCAAAUACCUUAAUGCCGAUGUUGCGGAAGAUGUAUGGUUGAGUAUUGGUGCUUUAACAAAAUGUUAUUUAUACUUUUUUUUUUUUUUUUAAAUCACAGAUUUUAGCUUAAUAAUCACCAGAAUUUAUUCAAUGACUUAGUGGCGUAAAGGUAAAUAAUCAACUAGAACAGUCUGGUAAGUUAAAAAAAAUGACACCACUUUACUGUAAUGCAGCCUGUAAUUUAUUAUAUUUUAGUAUAAUGAUAUCCAAAAUCGAAGAGGAUAUCCAGUCUCAUAUCGCGAUAUCAAUACAUCGAUAUAUCGCCCAGCCCUAAUUCCAACUUCUGCAGGGCUUUUGUUUGGCCACGUGGAGAUAUUGGUAGCUUUUUACUAGAUAUCCUCAGGCUCUCAAUUUAAAAAAAAAAAAAAAAAAAAAAGUCAACAAAUAAGAACUAAAUAACAGCAAAUAUUGUGAAAAAGAAUGUAUAGACAUGCAUAACAAAUACAACUUUGAAUAAAAG